AUGUUGGAACAAAUUUCUAAUUCAAUAUGUUUUGCAGCUACCUCCCGAGUCCUGAUGAUGUAUUGGCACUGGAUAUAGCAUAUACAAUUUAUAUGAAGUUUGAAGACUACGCAAGUGCCUUACGUAUUGCACUUUUUAUUGAUAACAUUCAGUAUGUGAAACAAGUCUACACAUCGACAGAGGAUCUGUUGUUGAAGAAGCAAUUUUCUUAUAUUAUUGCACACCACGGAUUAGCAUUGGAGCUUGAUGAUAAUAUAGCUGCAGAUGAUGAUGAUAGGGAGGUCUUGCAGGAUAUAGUCAACAAUGCUAAACUAAGCGAAGGAUACCUUACUCUUGCUCGUGAUGUUGAGGUCAUGGAACCCAAAUCUCCUGAAGACAUCUAUAAGGUGCACUUGAUUGAUGGCCGGGCAAGUGCAAGUUCCAGUCUUGAUUCAGCUCGACAGAAUUUGGCAGCUACGUUCGUGAAUGCAUUUGUGAAUGCUGGAUUCGGUCAGGAUAAAUUGAUGACUGUUGCAUCAGAAUCUUCAAGUGGUGGAUCUUCAGGUAGUUGGUUGUUUAAGAACAAGGAACAUGGAAAGGCCAGUGCGGCAGCCAGCUUGGGGAUGAUUCUGUUGUGGGAUGUGGACUCUGGACUUGCUCAAAUUGAUAAAUAUCUGCACAGUAAUGACAACCAUGUUGUUGCGGGGGCUUUGCUAGGUGUUGGGAUCGUCAAUUGUGGUGUAAAGAAUGACUGUGACCCUGCAUUGGCACUUCUUAUGGACUUCAUUAAUAAAGAGGACAGUGUCAUUCGAAUUGGAGCAAUUUUGGGCCUUGGCAUUGCAUAUGCUGGUUCACAUAAAGAUGAGGUUAGAGUUCGCCUAUCACUUAUCAUGGGAGACCCAACAAUGCCUCUUGAGGUUCUUGUAUUUUCUGCCAUCACCCUGGGGUUGGUGUAUGUUGGUUCUUGUAAUGAAGAAAUUGCUCAGUCUAUUAUCUUUGCCUUAAUGGACCGUAGUGAGACUGAACUGAAUGAACCACUCACCCGCCUACUCCCUGUAGCCCUUGGCCUUCUUUACCUUGGAAAGCAGGUAGUAUUUUUUUUUCGGCCUCCAGCUUCUUUU